AAAAUGAUCCCAUUCCGCGAAUCACUGCCAUCAGUUCGGAUUGCGCCUUUCCGAGGGGAGGUAAGCACCGUCGCAAAACAGAGCAAACCGGUAUAGAAAAAAAUGAAGAACCUAACGGUUGGGGCACUGCUAUUGGUCGUUUGUGCAGCCGUAGUCAAUGGGCUGCACUAUCAUCCGUACGAGGAGAUUAGCGGGCUACGGGAUGGCGAUUUGCUGGUUAAAUCAGACCCAACAGGACUUGCGGACCAUCGGGAAAAUCCUAGCAGAUGGCCAGAUAGUACCGUUCCGUAUCUGUUCGAUGGCAGUUUUGUUGUGAAUCAACAGGCCAUCGUAACGGAUGCCAUGCAAGUCAUUCAGGAUGCCAGCUGCGUUAGGUUCACCCCGAAACAGGACCACCACCAUAACUUCGUCCUCAUCACUAGGGAAGCUUCGGGAUGUUGGUCCUCGCUGGGAAUGCAGGGUGGCCAGCAACAGAUGAACCUGGAUCCCCGAGGUUGCAUCCAGAAGGGAGCCGUACUGCACCAGUUGAUGCACCUGCUCGGGUUCAUCCAUCCGGAUAGCCGUCCGGAUCGCGAUCUGUAUGUGAAAAUUCAGCUAAACAAUGUGGUCAGCAACGAGAUACCGAACUUCGACAAAGUUGACGGCUUCAAUGACUUCGGAAUGACCUACGACUACGAAAGCAUUCUGCACCGCAGUGGGUUGGCAUUCACCGCUACGGGAGGGCAUACGAUUGUUCCUCUGCAUGAGGACAUUGAGCUUGGACAGCGAGAAACUUUAAGCAUCAAAGACAUUCGCAAGAUUAACAAAAUGUAUUGUAUCGAAGUUCCACUUGCAUAAAGUUAUCAUUGAUUUUUUUUGCCAGAACUUAUUGAUAGUAUAAAUAAAUAUAUGUGCAUUACA